AUGGCGUUUUUUGAUCUAAACCUACCUCCAGUAGACUUAGAGGACGGCGGCGGCGAAGGGGAGGCGUUUGGACGUGGGCACGAUGGGACUGCCGGCGGCGGAGUGGGCGCCGGAGGACCACAAGUUGGAGCUCGCGUCGUCGGCCUUCCUCCGCUAGGUCUAGCAGGACGCCGGCGAGGAGCUUUUGACCCGAGCCGCGGAUCGCUCCCAUCAAGCUCAAGCGGAGGACGCACUCAUGGGCGGCUCGGUCUUGCCGGUCGUACACAAGCUGUUGGAUGGCUCGGCGGGAGUGGCUUCACCGGGCAUGAAGUUUUCGGCGCGCAUGACGGAGGUGCUCUCGGCGCGCACGACGGCGGUGCGUUCAGGGCGCACGACGGGGGUGCUCUCGGCGCGCACGACGGCGGUGCGUUCAGGGCGCACGACGGUGAUGCUCUCGGCGCGCACGACGGCGGUGCGUUCAGGGCGCAGGACGGUGGUGCUCUCGGCGCGCACGACGGCGGUGCGUUCAGGGCGCACGACGGCGGUGCGUUCAGGGCGCACGACGGUGAUGCUCUCGGCGUGCACGACGGCGGUGUGUUCAGGACGCACGACGGCGGUGCGUUCAGGGCGCACGACGGUGAUGCUCUCGGCGUGCACGACGGCGGUGUGUUCAGGGCGCACGACGGCGGUGCGUUCAGGGCGCACGACAGUGAUGCUCUCGGCGCGCACGACGGCGGUGCGUUCAGGGCGCACGAUGGCGGGCGCGCCGGAGCAAACAGCGGAAGUGCGUUUGGCCACGACGUCGGUGGUCAUCAAGACAUGGACGCGAAUGACGGCCACGGCCAUGUCUUUGGCGAGGACGAUGCUGCAGCCAGCGGUGAUGAAGAGAAUGGCACAGGAGACACUCAAGACAUGGGUGAUCAGGGAAACGACGCAGCCGACGGCCACGACACCGGCAUUGAUCUAAAUGUCAUGGCCAAUAAGAAGAGGCGGGCAUUUUACACCGACGACGAUAAGCGUUCGUUCUACACAGCCAUUUUGGAGAUGAAUGGUCGUGGUCCGUUGAAACAUGGGGUGACUAGAGAAUUGUCAGCUCGAAUGAAAGUGCCGGCAAGGGUUCUUCGGCGGGUAUGGAAUAAUGGUAGGCGAGGUGGUGGUGUGAAUGCGGUUAUCAACAGGAAGCCGGGUAGAGUUGGUAGAAAGCGCAUUACGCUAGACUCUGUUGCUCUAGCGGCCAUCCCUCCGAGACACCGCACGACGAUUCGAGAUGUUGCCGGUGCAAUGAACAUGUCGAAGACCACCGUUCACAAGCUGUUGAAGGAGCAUGAGUUACGCAAACACACCAAUGAGCUUAAGCCUUUGCUAACGGAGGAAAACAAGAAAGCUCGUAUCAUGUAUUGCAUUUCAAACCUAGAACCUGCUAGUAUGCCGGAGAACCCUAUCUUCAAGGAUUCAUACAACGUCAUCCACAUUGAUGAAAAAUGGUUUUAUCGCACAAGGAGAAGCCAAGGAAUUUAUUUGGGCAUUAACGAGCCGAACCCCGUGAGGCACGCCAAAAACAAGGGACACAUCGAGAAGAUCAUGUUUCUUGCCGCUGUUGCUAGGCCAAGAUUCGAUAUGCAAGGCAAUUGUACUUUUGAUGGAAAAAUUGGAAUUUGGCCCUAUGUUGAAUGGAAGCCGGCGCAAAGGAGAAGCCCGAACAGGCCUAGGGGAACUAUGGAGCUCAAGCCAUGCACCACGGUCGGCAUGGAUAAGAGUCGGGAAUAUUUGAUCAAUAAGGUGUUGCCGGCAAUCAAGGAGAAGUGGCCGCAAGAGGAUCGAUGGAAGCCAAUCUUCAUCCAACAGGACAACGCAAAGACACAUGUUCGACCUGAUGAUCCGGCAGUUCUUGCAGCAGCUCAUGAAGGUGGUUGGGACAUUAGGGUCGUGAUGCAGCCGCCUAAUUCUCCGGAUACUAAUGGGUUAGACCUUGGCAUCUUCAACUCUCUUCAGUCCGUAUUUGAAAAGAAGAUGCCACAAAAUCUUCAUGAGAUUCUCACGAAAGUGGAUGAGACAUGGGAUGAGCAUGAUGCAAACAAGUCCAACCGUGUGUUCCUUACCCAUCAGGCUGUCAUGCGGGAAAUACUAAGGCACAAGGGCUCCAUAGACUAUGAUCUUCCUCACCUAAAAAAGAGGUCUUUUGAGAGGAGGGGGAUCCGCACGCGUAGGCUACCAUGCGAGCCCGAGGUUGUAGCUAUGGCGCUUGAGUAUGUCAAUUCCGAGCAGAUUUGAAUGUAUUGCAAUGUGUAAUGCAAUCGUCUCUUUUGGUUU